UUCCCCACCCGCAGGCGGUCCUUCUCUCUGUGGACUACAUUUCCCAGAAGCCUCUGCUCCCAUCACGCCCCCCGGAAGGUCACCAGGGCUAACGGAGCCAGGAGAGCGAUGGCGGCGGCGGUGACAGCGGCGUGGGCGCAGCGGCUGGCGGGCGUGCGCGGGCUGCUGCUCGAUGUCUCCGGGGUGCUGUACGACGGCGGCGAUGGCGGUGGCACGCCCAUUCCCGGCUCCAUCGAGGCCGUGGCCAGGAUCAAGCAGUCGGGCCUGAAGCUGCGGUUCUGCACGAAUGAAUCCCAGAAGUCUCGGGACAAGUUUGUGGGAUUGCUUCGGCGUUUGGGAUUUGACAUCUCGGUGAAUGAAAUCACGUCUCCUGCCCCGGCCGCUCGCCAGAUUCUGAAGGAGCGGGGUCUGCGGCCCUACCUGCUGGUCCAUGACGACGUCCGCUCUGAAUUCGAGGGGAUGGACACCUCAGACCCCAACUGCGUCGUCAUCGGAGAUGCCGGGGACGGCUUUUCUUACCAGAGCAUGAACGAGGCGUUCCGGGUCCUCAUCAAUCUGGAAAAUCCGGUACUUCUGUCCCUGGGAAAGGGACGCUAUUAUAAGGAGACCGACGGCCUGAUGCUUGAUGUUGGCCCGUACAUGAGGGCGCUGGAGUACGCCUGUGACAUCCACGCCGAGGUGGUGGGAAAGCCGGCCCCGGAGUUCUUCCGGGCGGCCUUGAAAGAGAUGGGCACGGAGGCCCAUGAGGCCCAGCGACGAGCACCACCCCGAGGUGCAGGCGGACGGCUAUGUGAACAACCUGGCCGAAGCCGUGGACCUUGUCCUGCAGUUCGCGGACAAGUGACCGAGAACCUUCCAGGGCUCCUGCUUGUCUGGGCCCAGCCACCCCCUCAGUCCCCUUUCACCCCCCAGCAAAGCCCAGACAAGGCCCCACCUCUGUUGCAGCUGCAGACCCCCAGGGACCCCAGCUCAGAGGCCAGCUCAUGAGAAGAAAGGGUCCGGCAGCCACAAAGUCCAAGCCUUCCAGACUCCUCAGGGUACUGGACACAGCAGGAUUCCUCCCCCAGGCACCGGCUGGGACUAGUCAACACGGCAGAGAUUGCUAUUUGUCCUUGGCGGCUUUUGGUCGUCUGCCCCCCAAACCUCAGGCUCUCUGGGGGCCUCUUCCAGGGCUGACCCUGAGACAGUCCACGGGACCCUGGGAGUCCAGGCCUGAGGGGAUGGGAAGCCCUUCUCCGUGCUCCCUGUCCUGGCCCUGGUCCCAUGAGUCCUGGGAGGACCCUCCCACCCCCCAGAUGCCCACGGCCCCCCUCACCCCUCCUGCAAUCAUGGCUGCAGGGGGAACCUCCCCUCAUGCUGGGCUCCCAGGCCCUGUUCUCGAGGGCCAGGGGCUGCCCCAGGGACGUGCCCACGGGCCCGGUGACCAGACUUUCCUGGGGUUUCCGAGGCCUCCAGACAGGGCUGGCCUGGCCCUCAGUGGCCCUGCCGGGCCUGGGGCCCGAGGAGUCGGCCAGACCUGACCUUCGCUGACCGGACCAGCUGAUGAUCCCCUGGGAGUCUCCAGAGCAAACCAGGACCAAGAAAAACCACUUCGUGCUUCCUUCAGGCAGCCCCCGGGCUGCUGGGAACGGGGCUGCUGUUCCCGGAGGGAGGGAGCCUCGGGGAGCCACGGGCCCCGGAAAUGGGGAGAAACAUCUAUCACAGCGCUGGUGCGGGCUCAGGUUCCAAUUUGGGAAAUCG